CUUAGCUGGGCAAGCCUGGCUCGCCAGGACUCCAGCUCCCAGAGGGAACGGCGGCGCCAGCGGCAGCGGCACCGGCACUCGCUUGGCGGGGGAAGAGAGCGAGUGAUCAAUCACGGAAAGGAAAAUGGUGGUGGAGCGAACGGCGUGGUUCCCCUGUGAGGCAGCGACCGUACCCGUCGAUCCACAACGUAGAGGCGCCGCCCGGUCAGAAACCGUCUCCUGAUAACCGCUCGAUUUAGCCAUGCCCCGAUCGCGCCGGGGAGAAGGAUCCCGCCGAGGCGGGCGAGGUGCUCGUAGCAACCCCAAGAUGGAGUCUCCAGCAAGCGAUGAUGAAGCAGCUAGUGAAGUGCUCAGUCAUUAUAGCAGUGCCAGUGAAAGUGCCAGCAUAGCUGAGGAAGUGACUGGAGGGGAAGCAGUAGAUGAGCAAGCACAGCAAGAGGAGAUGGAAGAUAAAUUGAAAGAAUGCAUUGACAAUGUGAUGGACAAAAGUGCCAAGACCCGGCAGGUUGCCCUCGAGAGCCUGCGGCUAGCAUUCUCCUCUAAGACGCUCUUUGACUUCCUGUUGGAACGCAGGCUAACCCUCACAGAUUCCUUAGAGAAGUGCCUGAAGAAAGGUAAAGGAGAGGAGCAGGCCCUUGCUGCUACCGUUCUUACACUACUGUGCCUUCAGAUGGGCUCAGGGCCAGAAGGGGAAGAGAUCUUUCGCAGCCUGAAACCGCUCCUCAUCACCAUCCUGACUGACUCCUCGGCCAGCCCUGUUGCUCGGCAGAGUUGUGCAACUGCUCUCGGGAUGUGCUGCUAUAUUGCUGCUGCGGAUAUGGAGGACCUGGUAUCCUGUCUGGUCUGCCUGGAAGGUAUCUUUGGCACUUCAUGCAGCAAGGAUGCCAGCUUGGCACCCUCCCACCACAGUCCCCUGAUCCAGAUCUUGCAUUGCAAUGCGCUUCAGUCUUGGUCGCUGCUCCUCACCAUCUGUCCAAGCACCCAGAUUAAGAAGAUCCUGGAUGAACAUUUACCUAAACUGCCUCUGAUGCUCUCCAGUGAUAAUGUCAACUUGCGGAUUGUGGCAGGUGAAACAAUUGCACUUCUAUUUGAACUGGCCCGGGACAUAGAGGAGGACUUCUUUUAUGAGGACACUGACCUGCUGUGCACCAAACUAAAAGCCUUGGCCACUGACAGCAACAAGUAUCGAGCCAAAACAGAUCGACGCAAGCAACGCUCCAUCUUCCGUGAUGUCCUGCAUUAUAUUGAGAAUGGGGAGUGCCAUGAGGAGACCAUCAAGUUUGGACUGGAGUGCAUGUAUGUGGACAGCUGGGCAAGGAGAAGAACAUACAAUGCUUUCAAAGAGGCUCUUGGUUCUGGUGUCAGACACCACCUGCAGAACAAUGAGUUGUUACGGGACACAUUUGAACUGGGACCGCCACUAGUCCUGGAUGCAGCCACUGUUAAAGCGAGUAAGAUCUCACGCUUUGAGAAGCACCUGUAUAAUUCUGCUGCCUUCAAAGCCCGAACGAAAGCAAGGAGCCGUGUUCGAGAUAAGCGAGCUGAUGUCCUCUGAGGACUUGUUUCCUUCUCCUCUUCCUGCCUUCCAUAGAAGCCAAUGAACUACGACAGACCUGGACCACUGUGAACCUUGCAAGUGUGGAGAGAUCCUGAGGCAGAAGCCCCCACAUGGCCUCAACCCAUUGAAAAAUUGGGCUUGGGCCCUGUCCCCCUCAACACCCCCCACCUUUCUUUGGGGGCUUUUAUAUAUGUACAGAAUAAUAUUUAAAUGUCUUGGAUGUUUGAAUUAUGGUGGGAUGAUAAUGGGCAGGCGCCAUUUUUAUUUUUUUAACCAAAAAUUUAAGCGAGGUUAGGUGGUGGGGAGAUUUUUCUCUCACCCCUGCUGCUUUUUUUAAGCCAGUAAUUUUUUAACCCCUUUCCCCCUAUCUCCAUUACUGAAUGUAUUAAUCAAAGACUGAAACUUCUCCCUUUGCCUCCUGCAGUUGUGAAUUUUCCCAGUGAGGACUUGGUGCGGAAGAUAGUUUUAGGAUAAGGUUAUCAACAGCAGCCUCCAAAAUGGAGGCUGCGAAAGGACUGGUUUGAGGUUGGGUGCCUUGGGAUUUUCCCCUCUGGUGUUUUUGCUGUGAGAAGGAUAAAAUGUACUUUACAGAUCAGUGUAGAUGAUUAAAAGUUAGGCUUGAUAGCACAUGAAGAAAUUAUACCUCUUCUCUAUUGACAUAGUUGGUUAACAUUGUUGGCCAAAUUCUUGUAUCCUAUUUAUCACCACUUCUCAUUUUUUUCCUCCUCUUUGGGAGUCAGCUUUGCUCCUCACUUUCUUAUUUAUUUUUAAUGGGAAACUACUCUAUUUUGAAGACAAAAGGAGAAGCCAAACAAAGCUGGGCCUCAGGCUGAAAAAAGUUGUUUCCUUGUGUUUGGGGUUUUUGAUAGGCCUGAGCAUUCCUCUUUUGUCCAGAUAGGAAGAAGCAAUCCUAUUCUGAGGAAGUUCUCUGGUUUGUGGUCUGGUUUAAAAAAAAGCAGCAGGCCUUUGACACCACAGUUGAUUUAGUUUUGUUUUUAUUAUUCAUUUUGGAGUGGGAGAGAAAAAAUCCAUAAUGCCGUGGCAGUGGUGCUUCACUUUGUAAUUACUUCAUUUUUGGCUAACUUUUCACUUUGAUUUUUGCCAGCAGGCUUUUGCAGAUGUAACAACUCAGUGUUCAAAUAUUAGGCUAGGCAACCUUUCUGAGUUGGGGGCGCAUUUUUAAUUUUGAAGUGUCUGAAGUAUAUACUGAGAAAAAUGGUGACACUAGGAUAUUAGUCUGUUUACAAAAUGGCUGUGUUGGUUAACAUGAUCAGUCACCUAAAUUUAUAUGCCCAAAAGUGAAUUUUAUGUUCUCCUACAACAUGUUCUCUGACACCCCAGUGGGUCAUUGUGCAGUUAAAAAGUUGUCCUAUAAAUAAAUACGGUGCUAGAACUUUCUAUUUAAUUUUUAAAAUAUGCUUUUAAAUCACAUAAAAUGGAACAAGAAAUUGUAUGGCUGCUGAGGGGGAUGCCUGAGGCAUACUUAUACUCCCAUGCACCCAGUUCUUUAUCCCAGAUAAUUUCCAGUUCGGUACUCUAUCCCGGUCAAAAUCAUUGUGUCUAAGGCAAAGUUGACUUAGUAGAGAUGCACUAAGACAUAUCUUUUUUUUUAGAAGCACUGAGAUUGCGCAGAGCAUACACAUAUGUACAGUAUGCUAAACCUCCAUGCUCUUCAGAAAACUUCAUUGAAAGGAACACAAACAUAGCGCUUAUGUAAGUGGUAUGCAAAGCAAAGUUAAUAAGAUUCUUUUUUCAGAAAAUCUAUUUGGAUUUUUGUCUAAUAUACUGCCUCCCUUGCCUGUUUUUCUCAGAAGAGAAAUCUGUGUUGAUCUGCUGGAGUAUAAGCAGCAAUUCGCUAUAGAAAUAAUUUUAUUUUUUUUUCAAGAGGAUGACUAUCAGAAAAAUGCCUGUAUAUUCUCCUUGAUAAAUACCAACUUUUAUUUAUUAUAAAUUUAUCCCUCCUUUAUUACUUUAUAAGUAACUCAAGACAGCAAACAUACCUAAUACUCCUGAUUUCCCCCACAACAGCAAUCCUGUGAGGUGAGUUGGACUGAGAGAGAGAGAGAAAGAGAUUGAUUUUGAAGUAAAAAUAACAAUUUAGUCCUAGAUAGGCUCAAAAGUAAAAAAAAAAACUCAAUACAAAACCUUGAUUUCAUAGUUAUCCCCAUGUAAUUUUCCCAACAACAUGCAAGUGCUUUAUGACAGCUUUCCAUGUUUUGCUUUUUCCCUGCCCCAUGUACAACCCUGGGAUUUCCUGAUGGCAUCCCAUCCAGGUUACCAAGAUGUAGCCUUUCAAGUUCUGCCAACUUCAUCAAAUUGUUAGCAAGUACCCUCCUGUUAACUUGACCUCAUUCACAAUGGCUUUUGCAGGUUCAUUUUCAACAAGAGUAGAGUAUCCUUUUUCAAAUGCACAUGCAGAUCCUUGCUGGCUUUGCAUUUGCUUCUAACCAGUCGCAUAUUCUUACGUCACAAUGCAUUUUGAAUGGUGGUUGCAGAAACAGAUCUCCCACACAAUCUCCUUACCCUAAAUUGAAGACACCUAAUUGCCAUUUGCUGAGAACAUGACUCCACUGUGGAGUCUCCAUCUUCUUGCCAGACUACCACUGAAGCAGGUUGAAACCAGUCCAAGGUGUUCCCUAAGGAAGGGUGUAUUUUCCAAUGAGAUCUACCAUGGAGCCAUUCUAGGUCAGGGGGGAAAGUCAACAAAGGUUGGAAAUCAGCCUUGGAACCAUUCUAGAUCACAUGGGAGAAGAGUCAACAAGUUGGUGAUCCAACGGUCACCGAUUGGCCCAUUGCAACACUGUAGCUGCUGGGCCUUGUGUCUCUGUGACCUUUUCUAAUUUGACUGUUGAGAGAUUGGACAUCUUUUGUGUAUUUUUUUUUUAAUUUGAACAGGAAAACAUUGAACAAAGCAAAAAAAAAAAAUCCGCUUACCGAUGGGAACACUUACUGGCAAGCAGAAAGCAGAACUAUUUCCCCAGGGGAGAAGAAUGCCUGCAGGGCUUAUCUCUCUUUUGGGUCCUGCAGCAGAAGUCAAAGAUAUGCUGUAGGUCAGGGCUGUCAAACUCAUGGCCAGCAGGCCACAUGCGUCAUGCGCUGUCCACGCCCACGCCCGGUUUAGUGAAGGGGGGAGUUGCGAUAGGUCCCGUGAUGCUGCUGUGCCGAUGUGAGUUUGACACCUCUGCUGCAGGGGGUGCUAUCUAUUACAAUAUGGUACUAUCUGAGAGCAACAAGCAGCAUCUCUAAUGGCCCUCUGUCCCUCACCCAUAGCACAAGGCUAUGAGUCAGGGAGGCCAGGCUUUCCCUCCACUUCCAGCUCUUCCCACCUUUACAUUCUCCCUAAGAAGUACAAGUUGAAAAAGCACAACUACAAUACCGUGGUGAUGUAGUCACAUAGAGUUUGGCUAAGAAGCAAUCUUCACCAGCAGCCAUCAGGUGGAAACCUGCAGCAGUUGGGAUCCUCCCACUUUCCCACUAAUGCCACCACUGGCUGCUUGGGUAGGUGUGUGACUGUGAAGAAAAGAGACUGGGAAAGGGGUUCAGUUUGAACUGCAGAAUGAUUGCAGUUUUGCUGGUGGAACAAUUCCAUUCACAUUGCAUCUCUAGCAAGCCUGAUCAAUGUUGGUGUUCCCUGCAUGCUUUCUUCCUUCAGGAGCACAGUAGAAUAACCUUGAAAGAAUAGUAUUUACGGAAAAAAAUUGCUCUUAAGAUAUGUAGUACUACCUCAUCAACUUCUCUAGUCUUCCCACAUCUAGUGCCCAAUUACUUUGUCUGCCGGCAUGCUCAGAUGAGCAAUCUGGAAGGAAAUAAAGGAAUCCUCCAAUCACUAUCCUGCAAUCCACAUUAAACUCUGGCCAGCAAUAUAUCUAGCCCCAUUGCUGAAGGUAGGCAGGGGAAAGGUGUGAUUUUUGCAUUGCCAUCCUAUCUUUCAAUUCCAAGGGCAGCAGGCAAGUGAAGAUGUCGCUGUGUGGAUCAACCUAGCCAAAUUUCAGCAAAGGAAUAGCUUGUCAUUAUCCUCUCUUGCUUCCAAAGAAAAGUUAGCAUUGUUCAACAAAAGAAUGACCACAGGCAUUUUUCUAAUGGCAUUCUCCUAUUUAAAAAAAAACAAAACAAGUUUUAAGUUCAAUGGUAGGAAAUUUAUAAUCUGUACAUAUUCAUAAUCUUGGUUUGAGCUAGAGGAUUAUCCCUAAUCCCUAUUUUGACUUGUGGAGAGCCAGAUAGGAAAUAGCUUUGCUUGUGUGGCUGAUUUCUGUUACACUUAACAAAGAACAAAAUUUUCUGAAGAAAGUUUUCAGGGCUAAUAGCAAAUGCUUUUUUUUUUCUUUUAUUAACCCAAGAUAAUAACUGCAUUCAGUGCCCAAGUCUUGUUCUUUACAUACUAAUGGUCUCUUUUCUAUAGAUGGAACCCCCUUUUCAGCAAAAUCUGAAGAUCAAAGAAACCUAGGGUUUUUAAUUAUAAUUCUUCAAACACAUCCCUAUCUGCAACAUUUUUUUAUUUAAAAAAAAUACAUAUCAAAUUGAGCAGUGCAUUUUGAAAAAGGUGCUCAUAGUAGCUCUUAAAAUACUGCAAUCAAUGGGAAACAAAGCAUGUGUUAUGCUGCUGGAAGCCUGCUUAAUAGGAUUCUUGGUCAGAUAUCUGCCCCACAGUGUCCUCCCUGGACAAUCUCAAAUGGCCCUGUAUUUGUCCUACAGAUUGCAGCAGCUGGAAGACCCUUCAGUGCUUCCGUAGGACUGCUUUUGGCUUUAGAAAUCAGAUCAUCCAAGCCAGCAUGCUCCAUUUCCUUCAAACUGGCAAAGCAAUGAGUUGGCUUCCACUCUUCUGCUCUGGAACUAAGCCUCCCCAAAAGAGAGGAUGGAAUUUUGGCUCAGGUCAGGUCUGGACCUCCACCUCACUGGCAUUUAGCUGUCUCCAUAGCUGUAAACUCACAGCUCUCAUUUGCCGGAUGGCCUCCUCUUGAGACUCCAGCCAUUGGGCAAGAUUACGGAGUGACUCACGCUGUAAGACUGUAAAAAGAAAGAGAAAUCACAUUAAUAUAGGACGUGUAUAAGGCCUCUCUUUCUGCACCAUUUUAAUAUGUACGCACAUCACCCUGAUAAAUCUAAACCUCUCAACCUUUAUAUUUAGAGCCCUAUCCCAUUUGCAAAAUUUUGGAUUACAAGUCCCAUGUCUCUGAGCUGAUAAAGCCGGUCAGCGGAGAUAACAAGCUGAAAUCAAAACCCACCUUACAUCUUGGUGAGGAAUGUAGCAUAGACUCAACUAGGUGUAUGAAACAAACACCUUCCCACACCAGCAAAAUAUGCGUACUUGGGAGAUGGGAGACUGAAGAGGACUUGGUCUUAUUGAGAGGGCUGUGGUGACCGUAGAACAGCCAGCCAUUUCUAAUGUCAAAAUGUCACUCUGCUUUACUGGUGUUGAGGGGGAUUGGGGUCAUCCCAAACUCAAGGAAGCUGAUUGGUUCAACAUUAAGCUAUUUAAUGUUCUGAGAAGAAAUAUUCCACUUUCCUUCAUGGUUCACAUUUUGACUAAGUACAGUGCUCACUUUGCAGAUGAGUUUCCUGAAUAAACCCCAAGGGGUUGGAUUGGCAGAAGAAAGCUUUGAACUAUGGUUUGGACAUCACAAUGGCUAUAUUAACAUGCUAAGGUAAACUUGCGACUGGUUAUUAGAACUCACGCAAAAAAAAAAAAAGUAACCCUCCCUCCCCAGUUAAAUUCAGGGAGAGCAAAGGAAGAUUUGCGAAGCAUAGGACGGGUCUGAGGGAUUCUCAGACUUUGAUCACAGGGAAAUCCUCUGUUAAAGCAACAGGGUUAGGAAUGGAUAUUUAUUGUGAAGAAAGGAUUAGAAGUCUACAAAUAUUUUGUAAUCUUACUGUGACAGCUAGAAUACUCUGAAGAAUUUAACCUGAAUUGUAAUUUUAAGGAACCUGUUUACAAUUCUUUUAAAAUUAAAUAAUGUUAAUUUGA